AUGUCUACUUCUGUUGAACCAAAUGAAACAGAAGCCUUGAAGAGAAAAGUUGAAGAAUCUUCUUCUUCAACUACUGCUUCAAUUGAAGAAAAAUAUACUGAUGACAAUGACAAGGACAGUACUAAAAGAACUCAAUAUGAUGAAACUAAAGAAACCAUUGAAUCAUUGAAAAAAGCAGAAUCAAUUGUUGCUCCACUAUUAUUCACUUUAUUAUCAUUUUUUGUUAGAUUUUAUCGUAUUUCAGUAAAUAACAAUGUUGUUUGGGAUGAAGCUCAUUUUGGUAAGUUUGGAUCAUAUUAUUUAAGACAUGAAUUUUAUCAUGAUGUUCAUCCUCCAUUAGGUAAAAUGUUGGUUGGUUUAUCUGGUUAUUUGGCUGGUUAUAAUGGAUCUUGGGAUUUCCCAAGUGGUGAAAAAUAUCCAGAUUAUAUUGAUUAUACUAAAAUGAGAUUAUUUAAUGCUACUUUCUCUGCUUUAUGUGUUCCAUUGGCUUAUUUCACCAUGAAGGAAAUUGGAUUCUCUAUUGCUACUACUUGGUUAUUUACUUUGAUGGUUACUGUUGAAUCUUCUUAUGUUACUUUGGGUAAGUUUAUUUUAUUGGAUUCUAUGUUGUUGUUUUUCACUGUUGCUACCGUGUUUUGUUUCUCCAGAUUUAACAAUUUUAACAAUAAACAACAAGAAUUUUCUAGAAAAUGGUGGAAAUGGCUUUUGUUGACUGGUGUUUCCAUUGGUUGCACUUGUUCUGUUAAAAUGGUUGGUUUAUUUGUUACUACUUUGGUUGGUAUUUACACCGUUGUUGAUCUUUGGAACAAAUUGGCUGAUAAAUCCAUUUCUUGGGGUAAAUAUUUAAACCAUUGGUUUGCCAGAAUUAUUGCUUUGAUUGUUGUUCCAAUUUCUAUCUUUAUGCUUUCUUUUAAGAUCCAUUUUGAUUUGUUGUAUAAAUCAGGUACUGGUGAUGCCAACAUGUCUUCUCUUUUCCAAGCUAAUUUAGUUGGUUCUGGUGUUGGUGGUGGUCCACGUGAAGUUUCCAUGUACCAUUCUUUUGUUACUUUGAAAAAUCAAGGUUUGUCUGGUGGUUUAUUGCAUUCCCAUGUUCAAACUUACCCAGAAGGUUCUAAACAACAACAAGUUACCACCUAUGGUCACAAGGAUUCUAACAACAAUUGGAUUUUCCAAAGACCAAGAGGUCAACCACCAUAUGAUCCAUCAAACAACAAUACUGCCAUUGAAUACAUUAUUGAUGGUAUGCACGUUAGAUUAAUGCACCCACAAUCUGGUAGAAACUUGCACACCCAUGAUGUUCAAGCACCAGUUACCAAAGGUGAACUUGAAGUUGCUUGUUAUGGUAAUUUAACCAUUGGUGAUGCCAAGGAUAACUGGAUUGUUGAAAUUGUUGAUCAAGCCGGUGAUGAAGAUAAAAUGAGAUUGCAUCCAUUGACUACUUCUUUUAGAUUGAAGAAUGAAGUUAUGAAUUGUUAUUUGGGUACUUCUGGUUCUACUUUACCACAAUGGGGUUUCAGACAAGGUGAAGUUGUUUGUUACAAGAAUCCAUUUAAAAAGGAUAAGAGAACUUGGUGGAAUCUUGAAGAUCAUCGUAAUGCUAUAUUACCACCAGCUCCAGAAAGUUUCAAAUUACCAAAGACUAGAUUUAUUCGUGAUUUCAUUCAAUUGAAUUUGGCAAUGAUGGCUACCAACAAUGCUUUACUUCCAGAUAAUGAUAAACAAGAUGAUUUGGCUUCAUCAUUCUGGCAAUGGCCAACUUUGAAUGUUGGUAUUAGAAUGUGUAGAUGGAGCCCAGAUAAACCAAAAUAUUUCAUGAUUGGUUCACCAGCUACUACUUGGACUUCAACUGCUGGUGUUAUUUUGUUUGCAUUUAUUGUUCUUUUCUACUUGAUUAGAUGGCAAAGACAAUAUGUUGAUUUCCCAACUACUCAACCAAAUAAAUUAAGAAAAUUCCUUAUGGGAGGUAUCUAUCCAAUGUUUGGAUGGGGUUUACAUUUCAUGCCAUUUGUUAUCAUGGGAAGAGUUACAUAUGUUCAUCAUUAUGUUCCAGCUCUUUAUUUUGCCAUGAUUGUUUUCUGUUAUGAAGUUGAUGCUUUUACUUCAAGAUUCAAUAGACCAAAUGCUACACAAGCUCAAAAAUUGACUUAUGCUGGUAUUUAUUUCGUCUUGUAUUUCUUUGUUGGUUAUACUUUCUGGUACUUUAGAUACUUAUCUUGGGGUAUGGAAGGUCCAAAAGAAAAUUGGAAACAUUUGAAAUUAUUAGAAUCCUGGAGAGUUUCUGAUGAUAAAUAUACCUAG